UAUAUUAUGGUUCAAUUCAACUGAUUUUUCUAAUAAUAAUAUAAUUAGUUUGUGCCUUUAUAAAACACCAUUUUGGUCCACAGUUUUUGUAGCAAAUUAUAAUCUCUUCUCAACAACAUCAAAGGAAUAAGAAACUUCAGCGGCGGCAGCGGCGGCGGUUCAUGGCUUUCCGGCAGCGGCAGUUGGUGGCGGUGCUCCUCUUAUAUUUCUUCCUAUUAAUGGUGACCUCCUCCGCGGUUCCCAUAUCUAGGAGCCUUAAGACAUUCCAAAACCAGGUUUCAGUUACUUAUUUUCCCUAUCAGGAUGUGAAAAUGGAGAAGUUGGUGGAAGGAAGAAUGGAAAUGGAACUUGCAGAUUAUCCAGGGACAGGAGCAAACCAUAACCACGAUCCAACCCCACCUAGAACUUAAUAAGGGUACAAUGGUAAUUUCACAUGUAAAUCAUUGUGUAUUUCAGAAAGAAAAAAAAAAUUAUAAAUCCCAUGUCUCUCGUUGUUGUGUUGUGUAUGUAGUGCCUAAUUAAUCAUGUCCUUUAAUUUUUCUUAACUCUUUCUUAAUUAAUUGUCGUUUCUUAAUGCAUAUUUGUGCAUUAUUAUGUUUCAGAUUUAACGGGCUUCUGCCCAAUUCAAUU